AUGUUUGUGGAAAUAGCAUCGCACUGCAACGACGAAGCGACGGAAAAGAGCAACAAAACCCACAAAAGCUUCAUCGAUUGCCUGUCCGAAGCUUUCGAGAUACUCGGAGGUCUCGUAUGGGCUUCUAGUCAACAGAGUGAGGCACAUGAGCUUCAGUCCUGCGAAGAUAUCGAGAAGGCCAUUUCCAACGCCUUCUCCGUCCUUGACAUUCAUCAGUCCCUCUCGAAUGUCAGGCAAGUCAAAACGAAACCAGAGAUCGAAGCAGAAAAAGCAUCAGAGGAAGAAAGCAGCAGACAGCUCAGUCGUUCCUNNGAUGUGCCGCUGGAGAACUACUGUAUCGUUGAUGGUUCUGAAGAUGUCUACGAUGACUACCUCAUGGCGUCUAUCUCGGUGCUACGAGAAUGGGUUGCUCUACGCAGCCAUGUCCAAGUUCUAUGGCACAUCGUUGCACAUGGAGACAUGAACAUUGCAAUUGCAGGGGCAACUUCCGAGAUGACGAUCGCGAUGAUAAAGAGAACAGCUUUGUCUGUUUUCGUCGAAUUUCCUGCAGGCUACGACAGCUUUGAAAAUAUGUCCCACCCCUUCCAGGACGGACGCCACUCAGACUUCUCUCCAAUCCACUAUGAUGUCAGGGAACGAUUCUCAGUACAUACCUGCCUUGAUCUUCUAGACGUCUUGAUCGACUUUCAAAAGAACCGCAGCGGCAAACCAACGAAGCGUAUGCAAUCAACACUCUCGACCUGGGAUCCUAAUCUUGAUCUACAUCAAGCCAGCCAUGAAGAGAGAGUGGCAUGGCGCCGUCUAUACACCUUGAACUGGCUCUUCGACAUGGUCAAUCUCUUUUCUCGUAUUGUCAUUCGCGAAAACAAGAUCGACAUCGAGCCUAGAGCUUACGACACUGUUGAGUGGUCCAUCAAGAGUGUGUAUCAUCGUCCAUGCAGGCUGUUUGGUCUAGAAGGAUUCGCCGAAACCAUCACCACUUUGGCAAUGCAGAAACCAGGGACCGACGUCCGUUCUAGGAUUCUCCCGCACCACGUCUUCCAACUGCAAUGCAUUGUGGACUCUUUCACAACAUCUCGCGGUUGGUCACCAGGCAUGCUAGAGCUUACUGAACAUUUGACUUCAACACCAGUAAGAAACGUCCUGCCUACAGAAAGCUUGACACAAUUCCUUGGUACCGAGAGCUCUGGGUUCUUGGCAGGAGCUCAAGCUGUCUACGGAUACUUGACAGACAAUGUGAUGAUCGGCGACCAGAUACCUUCACGUCCGAAGCAGGCUUAUGAAAUAUUGAGAUCGUUGAUGAGCCAAGUUCGCGGAUGGUUAGGCAAGUCCGACGGCGUCUUCACGAGUGAAAACCUGUCACGAUUCUCGCGCCUUGAUGCCAACGGGUUCUGGAAUUACAGUCCCUUCCUAUGCGGCGUCGGACUGAUGGAAGCCCUCGAGAUGUCCUAUCGCUUAGGCAUGAUCGUCUGGGAUAAUCUGCUUCCCGAGCCAUGGUUGUUGAUGGUGUNNCGUUGGAGUGAAGUGCUGAGGGCUAGGGGCCAUCUCGAAGGAUUUGGUGAUCUUUUGUCUUUACUGCUGUUCCGUGCCAUCAGCCAUGCACCUGUCAACGAAUCUUCUCACGCGCUUGGCGUGGGUGAGGAUAUGACAAGCGCGCUGAGCUUAGCACAAAAUGACAAAUUUCGACGCACCACUAAUCUGAUGCUUUAUCGCCAAUGUGACUGGGAUCCGGAACGCAUCUUGCGCAGCGAUGAGUCUCAAGACUCAGCCAUGAAAGCUUUCGGCACGAUUUGGGAAAAGACAAGCAGA